CUUUCAUUUAUGUUUUAAUUGCUCUACAAGUCAGAUGCUGAAAUCCAACCAAAACUUGUUUCACAGCUUGAGCUGUGUCACUGAAACUACCCUAAAACACUAUGGACUAAUUUCUCAUUUUUAAGGCUAUUUGCCUCAGUUUCAGAAGCAUUUUGAGAGGUUUUGUUUGAUCACAAAAGGCCUGGGUCUGCCCACUGAAGCUGAGCAGCAGUUUAUUAGUUUCUGGAAUUAUUUUGUGUCAGGGAUAUGGUGGAUUAGAUACAGGUCGAAGUAAGUAACACAACAAUAGCAAAUGCCAGCCUUGCAUCUUUCUUCUUGGAGAACUAUUACAGGCUGAUGAGUGACAGCGAGAUCUUAGACAUGAAGAACCGCAUGGGCACACUUGAAGAUGACUUUUACACUAUUCACCUGGCUGAUGAUGAGCUGUCUCCUUGUCGGGACUUGGACUCACCUGAGCUGAUUUCUACCCUUAGGCAGAAAGACAAACAGCUGACACUUGCGGCACAACUAGGAAAGGCACUGUUAGAAGAAAACCAGGCCCUUAAGGAGGAAAAGGACAGACUGCAAGAGGGAUUCAUGGAAAGAAUUGAGGAACUGCAGCAAGAGAACCACGAGCUACGACUGAAGUAUGAGGCCCAGGAAGUAGCAUGGGAUGACAGGGUUUAUGAAUUGGAAAAAGAUGCUCAAGAACUUCAGGAAGAGGUGACAAAGAUGAGGGGUAAACUGCGAGAAGCUGAUAAAGACAAGACAAAGACAGUUCAGGAUCUAGCUGAGAAGAACCAACGACUCAGUGAACAGCUAAACAAGAGACCAUGUGGUAUAAGAGGAAAUUUAUUCAAAAACAUCAGUUCAAGAAAAAUUGGAGAACAGUUUUCAGAAGUGUUCUGCAGUAGAAAACAAGUCCUCAGAAGGAGCAAUAUUUAA